UGCACUUCCGCGUUGUCAGAGUUCUGCAGCAGCGGGUUCAAACCUUUCCCGCAGGAGCAUCUCGCUGCAGCCACACAGGACAACAGAGGCAGGGCUGCUGAUGCUGAACUGCUGACUGUCUGACUGUUUCUCCCAUCAGCUGCACCACCAUGGCUCUGGGAGACAACCCACACUAUCUGCUGGGCAGGAUCCGCUUCCUGAACAGGUGUAUUGAGAGCUUCAGGAAGGGGGAGACGGUACCCGAGUGUCUGUGUUAUGUACCCAGAGAGGUGUGCUACAAAAUCUGCAAGGACUCAUCAUCUACCUCUGCCUCCUGCGGAGCUUCCACCGGCUCCACAGGAAAAACCCUAGUGUCUGUGUUCGACAGCCCUCAUCAUAGUCCCCACAGCAAGAAGUUAUGCAAAUACAGCCUCGAACCGAAGAAAGGAACCUGCAUCCGGACAACAGGAGAAGAAUACUGUAACAGCCAGGGCCUGUGGGUGAAAAUCAGUAAGGAGCAGCUGGAGGAGCAGCGUCCGGGCCAGGAGCUGGAGGAAGGCUGGAUCCUGGUGUGUAAACACACCGAGGGGGGUGACAGGCUGGUUCCAGUGGAGUCUCCAGAAACCAUCAGCAGGCAGCAGCAGCUCUUCGGCUCCGACCACAAACCCUGCAACCGCUGGGAGCAGGUGGUGGACGUGGAGAACUCCCUUCAUAUCGGCUCCAAACCCCGGGUGGCAGAGCGUGACGAAGCUGCCGUCCAAAAGCUUCGGUACGUCCCGCCCACUUGGACGUAUGAAUGUGACGAGGAUCUGGUGCAUUACUUCUACGACCACAUCGGCAAAGAGGACGAGAACCUGGGGAGUGUCAAGCAGUGUGUGACCAGCAUCGACGUGUCUUCUUUUUCGGAUGACCCCAGUGGCGGGGUGGGCUGCCUGACAGACGGUGACACCGAGACGUACUGGGAGAGCGACGGCCUGCAGGGACAGCACUGGAUCCGGCUGCACAUGAAGAGAGGCACCGUGGUCAAUAAACUGAUACUCACAGUGGACUCGACUGAUGAUAACUACAUGCCCAAAAGAGUCACAGUGUAUGGAGGAGAAGGCGACAACCUGAAGAAGCUAAGCGAUGUUACCAUCGAUGAUAAUCUAAUAGGAGAAGUGAGUGUUCUAGAAGAUAUGGCCUCUCACUUGCCUGUCAUUGAGAUUCGGAUUGAGGAAUGUAGAGAUGAGGGGAUAGACGUUCGAAUUCGAGGACUGAAGAUUAAGUCGUCGUGUGAGAGAGACCUGGGUCUGAAUGCUGAUGUUUUCCAGUCCUCUAACCUGGUGCGCUACCCCCGUCUGCAGGGCACCCCACCCGACAUCCUGUACCGCAGGGCUUUGGUCAUUCAGAGGUUUAUUUGUCUGCUGGACAGCGUGCUGCCCCACGUGGUGCCGGCCUGGGACUACAGCCUCGGCACCUUCAACCAGGUCAAAAGCAUAAAGCAGUUCCUGCUGCUGUCGAAGCGGCGCUCGGCCCUCAUCACACAGUGCCUAAAGGACUCGGAGACCAGCAAACCCAACUUCAUGCCGCGCCUGUACAUCAACAGACGGCUGGCCAUGGAGCACAGAGACAAUCCGUCUCUGGACGCCAGCUGCAAAAACGCUGUUUUUAAUCAGGUCUAUGAGGGUCUCAAACCUUCUGACAAGUUUGAAAAGACUUUAGAUUAUAGAUGGCCCGCUCGCUACGAUCAGUGGUGGGAGUGCAAGUUCAUCGCCGAGGGAAUCAUUGACCAAGGCGGAGGGUUUCGGGACAGCCUGGCCGACAUGUCGGAGGAGCUUUGCCCCAGCUCGGCCGAGUGUCCCAUGCCUUUGCCUUUCUUCACACGUACAUCCAACCAGGGCGCCCUCGAGGCCAGAGAUUACUACGUCCCAAACCCGUCCUGCAAAGAGUUCAACAAGUUCGAGUGGAUCGGCCAGCUGAUGGGAGCUGCUCUCAGAGGGAAGGACUUCCUGGUCUUGGCUCUGCCCGGCCUGGUGUGGAAGCAGCUGACUGGAGAAGCCAUCAGCUGGAGCAAAGACUUCCCUGCAGUCGACUCUGUGCUGGUGAACCUGCUGGAGGCCAUGGAGAACAUGGACCAGGAGACGUUUGAGUUCAGGUUCGGGGAGGAGCUGGUCUACACCACACUGCUGACCGACGGCCAGAUGGUGGAGCUCAUCCCCGGCGGCAGCAACGUGUCGGUUCAAUACAAGGACCGCAGCCAGUUCAUCCGCCUGGUGCAGAAGGCUCGGCUGGAGGAGAGCAAACAGCAGAUUGCAGCCAUGCAGGCGGGGCUGCUGAAGGUGGUCCCUCAGGCCGUGCUGGACCUGCUCACCUGGCAGGAAGUGGAGAAGAAGGUGUGCGGAGACCCGGAGAUCACAGUGGAAGCUCUGAAACGACUCACACGCUAUGAAGACCUGGAGCAAAGCGACGUUCGAGUCCAGUACCUGUGGGAGGCACUCACCAACUUCACCAACGAGGAUCGCAGCAGGUUUCUGAGGUUUGUAACUGGGAGAAGUCGUCUCCCUGCACCAAUCUACGUCUUCCCUGACAAACAAGGCUCUGAAACUACAGAUGCCCUUCCACAGUCCUCCACGUGUUCCAGUACACUGUAUCUACCCAACUAUCCCAGUGCAAAGGUUUGUGAGGAGAAGCUGCGUUACGCCGCCUAUAACUGUGUAGCCAUCGAUACGGACAUGAGCCCAUGGGAGGAGUGAUCCGCCGGCUGCUGGACUCCACACUGCACGCUCUGCUCGCAGACACUCGCCAGUUUAUUUGCUGUAUCUCUACAUUUGCCUAAUAAUCAAAAGCUGUACAUAAUAAAGAAUUAUAUGGACAUAAUAAAAUGUGAUUGAGAUUUUUAA